CAGAGUGUGUACUGCAUGUUCAGGAAGCUGAAGCCACAGUAAUGGACAGUUACAGAAUAAAGAAUUUGAAAGUUGACCCUGAAGAGCUGUUCACCAAGCUCGAGCGGAUUGGCAAGGGAUCAUUUGGAGAGGUCUUUAAAGGGAUUGAAAACUGCACACAGCAGGUGGUUGCUAUAAAGAUCAUUGAUCUUGAAGAGGCUGAAGAUGAAGUGGAGGAUAUACAGCAGGAGAUUACAGUCCUCAGUCAGUGUGACAGCCCCUUCAUCACUAAAUACUAUGGCUCUUAUCUGAAGGACACAAAGUUAUGGAUCAUCAUGGAAUAUUUAGGAGGGGGCUCGGCCCUGGAUUUGCUGGAGCCUGGAGCUCUGGAUGAGACUCAUAUUGCAACCAUCCUCAGAGAAAUCCUGAAGGGUCUGGAUUAUCUGCAUUCAGAGAAGAAAAUUCACAGAGAUAUUAAAGCUGCUAAUGUCCUGCUAUCAGAGCAGGGUGAUGUGAAACUGGCUGAUUUUGGUGUGGCUGGGCAGCUCACAGACACGCAGAUCAAGAGGAACACAUUUGUGGGCACUCCAUUCUGGAUGGCACCCGAAGUCAUUAAACAGUCUGAAUAUGACUCAAAGGCAGAUAUCUGGUCAUUGGGUAUAACUGCAAUUGAGCUGGCAAAAGGAGAGCCGCCCCAUUCUGAUCUUCACCCCAUGAAGGCGUUAUUUCUCAUCCCGAAGGAACGCACACCCACCCUGGAAGGACACUACAGCAAAGCUCUCAAAGAGUUUGUAGAUGCCUGCCUCAAUAAAGAACAAAACUUUAGACCAACAGCUAAAGAGCUUUUGAAACACAAACUUAUCGUUCGAUAUGCCAAGAAGACAUCAUACCUCACAGAACUCAUUGACAAGUACAAGAUAUGGAAAGUAAAACAGGCUCGUGAUGAGUGCAGCUCAGAUUCAGACUUAGAGGAUGGUGAAGCAUCUGGAAUGAAGUCGGUGGAUAAAGACUGGAUCUUCAACACUAUCAGAGAAAAAGAGCCCAAACUGAACCAAAUCAAACAGCAGGAACUCAUCCACAAUAAGUUGGGGAGCGAGACGCUUACCCAUCUAAAUGAGGACACACCAUACCACCCUACAAAGGUUCCAGACAGUCCAAAGAGACCUCUGUCCCAGAGCAUGUCCUCUAUUAUAUCUCCAUUGUUUGCAGAGCUGAAGCAGAAGGUUGGUGUUUAUAAGCCGGCUGUGUUAGAGGACCUAAAGGACGCCAUGCAUCGGGCGGAAGAGGCAUGUCCGGGCAUCACUGACUCAAUGGUGAUGAAGGUGGUGCAGAGAUUAAAGAGGGUGUCCUCCAAACGCUAAGUGCCAUCUUUAAAUUCCUUAAAUUCCCAGUGUCCCUCCAUCAAGACUCACUCUCUGUGGGUGGAAAUACAUUUGACUCUCAGUGCACUAUAUGCAGAACACUUUGAGAACAGAUUCACUCAUACACAGCUGAAUGUCUGCUAAGAUUGAAUAGAAUUUGUGCACAGUAUUUGUUUGUCUGAAUUUUUUAGUGUUAUGGGAUUUAGAUUAAGCCGUUGUUUUACAAUUUGAGGUACUUGCUGUUAGAUGAUGCUAUAUUGUGGACUGAGUGAAUUUGUUUAAAGAUCCUAUUAAAAUUUGACGGGCACACUUUUCUUGUGUUGAUGUAUUUCCUAUUGAAAUAGGAAUUUGGGGCAGGACAUAUCAAAGGGCAUGUCUCUUUUUUUAAUAGCCAAUAGUCACAAACCAUAAUUUCAUUCUCACCCUAGACAGCAUUUUAUUGGACAAACAUUUGGAUAUGCUCCUGGGUGCAAGAUUUCAUCAACAUUUUUGGUCCAAAAGACUGUAAAGUUUAAUGUGUAUAUAUACUAAAAGUUAAUUGACAACUUUUAGGAGUACAUUAUUAUACUGUAAAUGGCUUCAAAACUACCAGACUAAAAGCAACAAACUCCUAUUUUCAUUUCACAAGCUCUUUUUUUAGAGCUGCGAAGGAGCAAUAAUCAAAUAACUAUUAAAAUUAGCAUUUGUUCUCUUUUAAAUGGUAAUUUCCUGCCUGUUUUUUCAUGUGAAAUCUUCUUCAGUUCUCCUGCUGUGCCCAGGUGUACUUUCCUAAAGAUAAGAGUUUUAUGACAAACUCUCCAGUGGCAGAAGUUUUGUGCUCGUCACAUAAUGUUUUGUAUGGAUAGUAUGUGAAUAAAGGCGCAGGGCUUGUUGCUCUCCUCA